CGGUAUUCGAAGGCUUUUUCGCCGCUAGUGUCAGAAGUAUUGCCACAUCUUAAUGCCGGAGACGUCUCUGAGAUGAUUUUGGUUUUUUGGUGUCUCUGGGGAGGUCGUGGCUCAGCUCUUCUUCCAGACUCCAGCCCAUCUUUUCCCAGCAGCUCCACUUGAGCUCACAGAUGACCACUGAGUUUCAGCCUCCUGAGAGAAUAAGGGUUGAGACCCAGUGUGGCCAUGCCAGCUGAGUGGACCUCACCCCGGAAAUCCCCAGCCCUAGCACUAGGGGAUCAUGGCAGUUUAUGUAAGGGAUCAGUGUCCUUCAGGGAUGUGGCUAUAGAUUUCAACACAGAGGAAUGGCAGCACCUGAACACUGCUCAGAGAAACCUUUACUGGGAUGUAAUGCUGGAGACCUACAGCCACCUGCUAUCAGUAGGUUAUCAAGUUCGUGAAACAGAGGUUUUCAUGUUGGAACAAGGAAAGGAGCCAUGGUCAUUGCAGAGUGAGAGCCCACAUCAGAGAUGUCCAAGAGAGAAAUUAUGGGAUCAUAAUCAAUGUGGAAAAAUCCUCAGUUAUAAACAAGCACCUUCUCAACAUCAGAAAAUUCAUAUGGGGGAGAAGUCCUAUGAAUGUACUGAUCCUGGAAAGAUCUUCACCCAGAAAUCACAGCUCAAGGUUCAUACAGGAGAAAAACUCUAUGUAUGUAUUGAAUGUGGGAAGGCCUUUGUACAGAAACCAGAAUUUAUUGCACAUCAGAAAACUCAUAGUAGAGAGAAGCCCUAUAAAUGCAAUGAAUGCGGAAAAUUCUUUUUCCAGGUAUCUUCUCUCUUCAGGCAUCAGAGAAUUCAUACUGGAGAAAAACUCUAUGAAUGCAGUGAAUGUGGGAAAGGCUUCUCUUAUAACUCUGAUCUCAGUAUACAUCAGAAAAUUCAUACUGGAGAGAGACACCAUGAAUGCAAUGACUGUGGCAAAGCAUUCACUCAAAAGUCCACACUCAAGAUGCAUCAGAAAAUUCAUACAGGUGACAGAUCCUAUGUAUGUAUUGAAUGUGGACAAGCCUUCAUUCAGAAGACACACUUGAUUGCUCAUCAACGAAUUCAUACUGGAGAAAAACCAUAUGAAUGCAGUACCUGUGGGAAAUCCUUCAUUUCCAAGUCACAACUCCACGUACAUCAACGAAUUCACACAAGAGUGAAGCACUAUACAUGCAGUGAGUAUGGAAAGGUCUUCAACAGUAGUUCCAACCUCAUUACACAUAAGAAAGUUCAAAUUAGAGAGAAAUCUUCCAUAUGUACUGAAUGUGGGAAGGCCUUUACCUACAGGUCAGAGUUGAUUAUACAUCAGAGAAUUCACACUGGAGAGAAACCUUAUGAAUGCAGUGACUGUGGAAAAGCCUUCACUCAGAAGUCAGCACUCACGGUGCACCAGAGAAUUCAUACAGGAGAAAAAUCAUAUGUAUGCAUGAAAUGUGGGCUGGCUUUCAUCCGGAGGGCACACUUGAUUGCACAUCAAAUAAUUCAUACUGGAGAGAAACCUUAUAAAUGUGGUCACUGUGAGAAAUUCUUUACUUCCAAGUCACAACUCCAUGUGCAUAAGCGUAUUCACACAGGAGAAAAACCCUACAUGUGCAGUAAAUGUGGGAAGGCAUUCACCAACAGGUCAAAUCUUAUUACUCAUCAGAAAACUCACACAGGAGAGAAAUCCUAUAUAUGUUCUAUAUGUGCCAAGGCCUUCACUCAGAAGUCAGACUUGAUUACACAUCAGAGAAUUCAUACUGGAGAGAAACCAUAUGAAUGCAGUGACUGUGGGAAAGCCUUCACCCAGAAGUCACACCUCAAUAUACACCAGAAAAUCCAUACUGGAGAGAGACAAUAUGAAUGCCAUGAAUGUGGGAAAGCCUUCAACCAGAAAUCAAUCCUCAUUGUGCAUCAGAAAAUUCAUACAGGAGAGAAACCCUAUGUAUGUACUGAGUGUGGAAGAGCCUUCAUCCGGAAGUCAAACUUUAUUACUCAUCAGAGAAUUCAUACUGGAGAGAAACCUUAUGAAUGCAGUCAUUGUGGGAAGUUGUUCACCUCCAAGUCUCAGCUUCUGGUGCACCAGCCAAUUCACACAGGUGAGAAGCCCUAUGUGUGUGCUGAGUGUGGGAAAGGUUUUAGUGGCAGGUCAAAUCUGAGUAAACACCAGAAAACUCAUACUGGGGAAAAGCCCUAUAUUUGUUCUGAAUGUGGGAAGACCUUCAGACAGAAGUCAGAGUUGAUUAUACAUCAUAGAAUUCAUACUGGAGAGAAACCUUAUGAAUGCAGUGACUGUGGGAAAUCUUUCACUAAGAAAUCACAGCUCCAAGUGCAUCAGCGAAUUCACACAGGAGAGAAGCCUUAUGUGUGUGCUGAGUGUGGGAAGGCCUUCACCGACAGGUCCAAUUUGAAUAAACACCGGACAACUCACACUGGAGACAAACCCUACAAGUGUGCAGUCUGUGGGAAAGGCUUCGUUCAGAAAUCAGUGCUCAAUGUGCAUCAGAGUGUUCACACUUGAGAGAAACUGCGAAAACAUCUCGGAGGACAGUUCUGAUUGUAUAUUAUUGAAUCCAUGCUGCAGAAAACAUGUAUAUUAUUGUAAGAAGAAAUGUCUACAUCAGAAUGUCACACAUUACUUUUCAUAAGAGGACCUUUGGGAAGGCACGGAAUGAGUCAGGAGACCCUUCCCACAUUGUGAACAGCUUCAUUAAUCUUUAGGGCAUUUAUCCUGAGCAUGAACUGAGUCAACCUGAUACAUUAGAAGAAGAUGCUUUAUGAAGAAGCCUUCUCAUGAAAGAUAUGAUCAAACACUGUUACCAAAUUCUUCAUAGGAAAGAUUAUGUUAAGUCGUGUAAAUGAUAAUUUUGUUUGCUGUGGAAUAGGUACAGUGCCAACAAAUUGAAUGGUAAAACAACAUCAUGUAUACAGUAGUACAAAUCCUGAAUUCUGUGAGUUGUUUUUGCAGAAUACACGGUCUAUCAGAAUUGUGAGUGUUUUUUCCUUCUUCUGUUGAAUCUAACAGUUGUACAUAUCCAGUCCUCCACUGAGUAUUUUUGUCAAGACAAUCACUACAAUAAAAAAUUUCUUAUGUAUACCGACAGACUUAUGUAUAUUGAGUCCCCAAUAUUGUCUGUUGCCAUAACUCGUAACCCCUUUCAUUUGCCACUAAUAGCGUCUUUGAUUCUCACAAGGUUUCAGCACAGUUUUCUGUCCCCAGCAUAGUGUCCUGUGAACUUGCACUACCCUCAGGAAAGCUUGUGAGUAAGAAUUUUUAGGUCAUCUGGGUCAACUUGUCUCCCUUCUGCUGUCACAGUUUUUUCAGCUUGUUUGUCUUCCUUAAUGACCUACUUUCAUAACUAAUCACUUAACUCAUAUUAAAACAAAACCCAACCUGUUCACUGUCUGCUGUGUAUCUGUCUUUAUACCAUGUACUCUCCAAAGACCUUUUCUUCCAUGUGCUUCAAAAGCAUCAUUUCAUUUCCUGCCUGAGGACCUUUGCAUUUUCAGUGCCUUCUGCAAAGAGCACAGUUUUCAUAUCUUAUGUGGCUUGCUCCCUCAUAUUUUUUCUCCAGUGACACCUCUUCACAGUCUUCCCUGCCUACCUGGCUUUUCUCCACAGCACUUACCACUAUGAUAAUGCCCUGCAUAUUUUGCUUGUUUGUUCAUAAAAUGUUUUUCCCUGUUUUCAUCACCACUAUGUGCCUAGACCCAUGUCUGUCAUAAAGAAGGGUAUCUUGUGAUCUUCCUUAAUUUAUUUAUUCAUCACAGUGAUGACCAAUUAUGUCCAUUUAACUAUCCUCAAGAUAUCAUAUGGUGAUGCCCCCAAUAUGGUGCAUGCUGUUAACCUGCCUUCUUCCCCUCUAGUAAGGGCAAUGACUGGUAAUUUCCAAAUUUCCCAUCUAGAUUUUGGAGCGUUCACUGCUCCUUUAUUGCUAGGACCCCCAUUAUCAAAAUGUUCAUUGAUGCUGAUUAACCAGUAACACAGUAUCUGUGACCUCUCCAUUAAAUCCUGGUGGUAUCUGGUGAUUCCCCGUGGGCUCCCACUAACACAGUGUCUGCUGAUUCCCUAUUGCCUGCAUUGCUUCAUGAGGCCCCUCAGUCACUCUUGGCUACUAUAAAUUCCCUAGCACUGCUUCUCUGUGUAUGGAUUGGAGCCAUAGGGUGUGGGGAUGAGGAUGACAUAACAGCCUCAUAGACCCCUGCCUCUGAGUGCCUCAAAAGGCACAGGGGAAUUAGCAACCUGUGACAGACCAGGGAGGAGCCUAGGAGACCCUUAGAACCCUAGGAGACCACAAGCUGAGCUUCCUUCUUAUUAACUACACAAGAAGUGACACAAGCAGAACACUGAAAGCUGUUUACAUGGGUUCAAAUCCUGGUGCCACCAAUCCACUGUGCCUGCCCAGCAACUCCUCUGGGCCUCAAUUGCCUCACCUGUGAAAUGGAAUUAUGAGAGAGUGAAGUGACA